AUGGCACCAUCUUUAAUCCAACUGCCAUUCAUCUCCUCCCUGCUACAUCUGCUUCCAGGGACACCUCCUGAAACUACCUCAACCGCCAUCUCUACCACCACUGUUCAAUCAUGUCCCAAUCCACCGUCCCUCUCCUGCCCGUUCCCUCCACCUCGCGAGAUCAAUACGUGCUGCGUGAACCACCCGUCAGGCCACUUUCUCCAGACCCAGUUCUGGGACACCUCGCCGGCCCUUGGGCCCAACACGUCCUGGACGAUCCACGGUCUCUGGCCAGACCUCUGCACCGGAGGCUUCGACGAGUUCUGCGACUCGACGCGCUCUCACCCUCCCGGCGCAAUGCGCGAGUUGAUCACCACGCUCCUCAACCACACGCACUCAGACAGCAGCACGGCGCUCCUGGACUUUAUGGACGAGUACUGGCUCUCACUCAACUCGGACCCGGCACACCUCUGGGCGCACGAAUGGAACAAGCACGGCACAUGUGUCUCGACUCUCGAACCGGGAUGCUACCCAGAAGAAGCGCUAUCAGGAGAUCAUGUUUCUGAAGGUGAUGGUAGUGGUACCAUUACUGGUGGAGGAAGUAGUAGUAUUGGUGGUGAUAGUGGCGGCGAUCUCGACCUGGGCAUCCUAGACUACUUCAUCCACACGACAUCCCUCUUCCGGACAUUAGACACGCACGCCAUCCUCUCCGAAGCCGGCAUCGUCCCGUCUCGCGACGUACGCUACACGCUACAAGACCUCGAAGACGCCGUCUCGUCGUCACCACACGGCCACGCCGUGACGUUCCGCUGCACGCACUCUGGCGAACUCAAUGAGAUAUGGUACCAUUUCUCCGUCAAGGGCCCGUUGAGGAACGCAUACGCCCGCGACGACGACGCCCUUGCCACCACCACCACCACCACCUCCUCCUCCCCGGCACCACCACAUCAGCAUCACCUCCACGACAGCAACAGCCUUCCGUUCCUCCCCGCCGAAACUGUCCGCGAGAUAUUCGUCCCCACGGACCCUGACGGCGCGAAAUCCAACUGUCCAGCCAGCGGGAUCAAAUACUUGCCCAAAAACGACAAAAGCCCCGAUAAUCCCGGUCCGUCACCGCCUACGCGCACAUCAACCGUAACCGCCACGAGCACGCCUACGAGUACAUCCCCGCCGUUCACGGGCAAGGGCCAUCUCGCGAUUCAUGUUCUCGACGACGCCUCGAGUUUGACUUCGACUUCGAUAUCUGCAACACACGACGACUCCGCCGCCGAUGACUCCGUACGGGCACCGGCAGCACAGAACCAGAAAUCUCUCGCCGCGCCGGUUGCGCCACGCGCCCCAUCAUCAUUGAGCGAGAACCCACCAUCGGAUCAAAACUUGGGUUGUCUCAUCCGUCUGGGCCAGUGGUACGUCUCGGGAACCUGCGCCACCUUCACGGCACAAUCCGACGUUGUCGAUCCAGGCCACGCACCGCUCUUCUCCCUGUCGUCCAGCUAUUCCCCGUGCCUCAUCGAUAGAGCCACGGCCAGGUUCGAGUGCACCAAGUCCACCUCUGUGCAGAGCAUCUUCUCUUCGGACCCUCAAAACCCUCAUGUCCUGUCCUACCAAAACAAGACGACUUUCUACGCCGACCACGUGCCGAAACGGUUCGACAAAGUCGACGUGUAUGCAGAUGAUGCUGAUGGUGCAAGAAGUGUUCGGCUGGAAAUUCAUUGGAUACCUACAUAG